CACACACGAACGGUGGAAAAGCAUGGCGACCUACAGUGGUUGUUGAUAUGUUGGGUUGACGUUGUUUCUGUUUGGCGUCCAUUAGUGUGUAUUAUUUGUGGACCGAGUGGUCGAGUCCUCUUCUGAAAAGUCAUGGCUUGCAGAACAGCAUGUCAAAUGAUACAGCGGCGUCUGGCGUCCAGUGCUGCGACUUCAGCGCGUCUGUCGUCGGCGGAGCUGCAGAGUCGACGCAGCUCCCUGUUUUCGCAGGAGCAGGAGCGUCAACGCGCGCUGUAUCCGCGCAUAGAGAAGAUUGAAGUUCAAAUGCAGGGGCCAGGUCUUCAAGGAACACUCCUGGUCAUGAACAAAGGACUGUCCACUCCGCACAGCUGUGCACGCCACUUCAGCGAAUGGCAUGUGGAGAGCGCGGUGCUGGCGCUCGUAGAUGGGGAGGCGUGGCCUCUUCACAAGCCUCUCACACACUCCUGCGCCCUCACACUGCUCACCUUCAAAGACGCCAACCCGCUGCUCGCCAACCAGGCCUACUGGAGGUCAUGUGCAACUCUCCUUGGUCAGGUUCUUCAGAAUGCCUUCAAGGAUGAUUUCCCUGUCGAGCUUCUGAAGAUUCCUGAAGUUCCAGUGACCUCAGGAGCGUUCUGCUGUGAUGUGGUGUUGGACCCCCAGCUAGACUCGUGGACUCCCACAGAGGAGGCGCUGCAGUCUUUCACCCGUGCUGCUCAGCAGCUCAUCCAUAGAGAUCUGCUCUGGGAGCCCCUGGAGGUGGCGCCCCCUGUGGCUCUGGAGAUCUUUGCCCACAGCAGGUGUAAGCAGUCAGAGGUGGAGGAACUGGCAGCUCUCAACCCCAGUGGCACCGUAGGCAUCUACAGAUGUGGAGACCACGUUACGUUGAGUGGGGGCCCCCUAGUGUCCAGAACAGGACUGUGCAUGCAGUAUGAGGUGACGGCUCUGCACAGCCUUGGCCAGGGAGCCUGGGGUCUCCAUCGAAGAGCGCAGGGGCUCUCCCUCCCCCGGCAGCUACCGACUCAUCACACGGUCUGGGGCAAGCUACGGAGGAGGGCCACCAAACUGGUAGAGGUAACACCGACCUCAGCCAAUCAAACGGCAGCUCUUCUUCCCUCUGAAUCCAGUCCUCCUCAGGAUCCAGCUCCUCCUGCCCCUCAGUGACACACACACACACACACACACACAUACACACACACACACACACACACACACACACACACACACACGCCAACCUGCCUGCCAUAAUCUCCAGACCCAAAAUUG